AUGGCAAAAUAAUAAGUGUUAACUUUAGUGUAAAAUCGGGUUUUCGCGGUUCUGCAUUACGAAAAUGCAUGAGGAUGACUUAAAAAAUCAAUUAACAAUUGCGCGGAACGAGAUUAACAACUUGAGACAGCAAGUGCGCAACUUACAGCAUGUGCAGCGCAAGGACAUUGAGACAAUAAACCGGCUGCUGCAGGAUUUUCGCUGUGAAGGCUGCGCCAGCAAAAAUGUCAAGAGCAAGGACAAACUGGACACAAUGCUGCUGCAGCAGACAAGCGGCAAUGAGAAGAACAGUGUGAAUGGAUGCGGCGAUGAUGUGGCCCAUUUCAAGCCCAUUGGCAUCAUACGCACUGCCUUCCCAGAGAAGCGUGCUGUGCCCCGUCAAUCAAGUGUUGGCAGUCGCCUACGCAGCACUGUCCAAUUAGGCGACAGUGUGUUUACAAAUCCGGAGCAUUCGUUGGAAGGAUUAGCGGACUUCUCGCACAUGUGGCUCAUCUAUCACUUCCAUCGCAACAACACGCAUCCCAAGGCUAAGGUUGCCCCACCUCGUUUGGGUGGAGAACGUGUAGGAGUUUUCUCGACCCGCUCGCCGCAUCGUCCCUGUCCCAUUGGCUUGUCUUUGGUGGAAAUUGAGAAAAUCGAGGGUUCCACUAUUAGCUUCUACGGCACGGAUAUGGUAGAUGGUACACCAGUGCUGGAUAUUAAGCCUUAUAUACCCUACUAUGAUGCACCAGCUCUGAGUGUUGAUUUGGCUCGCCCUGCCGUGAUUCCCAAUGAGAAUAGUGCUGACUUUUAUGAUUCACGCCAGGAACCGGAUGGCGAGGAGUCUGAUCUCGAAUUAUAUGGCGCCGCUGGCUAUUCAGCCAGCGCUUUGAACGGAGACGACUUGAGUGGAAAUUCAAUGCAGCCAACACCAUUGUCACUUCCACCGUUGCCCAGCACAGUUCGGGUUCCCAACUGGGUAGUGGCCAGUCACCGGCUAAGCGUGCUCUUCAACGAGCAUGCUGAGGCACAGCUGUUGGAGCUGCAAGUUCAUAAGCAAUGCAUCAUUGACAUCUUGGAGGCUGAUCCGCGUUCCGUUUAUCUGCGCACAAAAUACGGCUCACAAAUCUUCACAUUUCAGCUGAGCGAGGUCACAGUUACAUGCAAGUUUGAUGACAAGGCUGGCAGCGUAACUGUUGUCCAAGUGCGACGCAAUGAAAAUAUCCAGGUGGCGGCGCUGGAAGGCGAGCCACGCAACGCUUAACGCUUAGCAAAAACCAAUGGGCAUUUUAAAUGAGUUUUAGAUUCUGCAUUCUGUUCCCCGAACUGCUUGUAGUAGAGUUAAUUACGUGUUAUUUUAAGUAAAACCAGUUGAGGAGCUUUAACAUUUAAAAACAAUUUCAAUUUGUCGGUUAAAUAUUAAAUAUACGAGGCAAAAAAC